GAGCCCUCGCCGCGGGAGUCGCCCGCUCUGUCCGAGGCGAGCAGCCGCAGCGCCCCCGAGCAUGCGCCCGAGCACCUGCGCCUCUGGGCCGAUGCGGCGCUGCGGCGCGCGUGCGCAGAUCCUGGUGCCCUCCGACAGGCGCCGGCGAGAGCCACGGUCGACGUCUCCCCCGUGAGCCCGUCCUGCACGGGCGCCCCUUUCUGCGGCCGCCGCAGGGCGCCCGGGCGCGACGCGGGGCGCGGCGGGCGCGAGCCUCGGCCCGCGCGGCCGAACGUCGCGGGCGCUCUCGCAGCACGCGCUCGGGGG